UCAGUUCCGCUCCGUCUGGCCAAUCGUGUGGCGCUGUGCUUCAGCACCAUUGCAGUGUGGAGAUCAUACGGAGGUACUGCUCACCGAGAGAGGGACCGUUGGAGGGACGCAUAUGCGACCUGAGUGACCGCCCUGGGCAAACGCCACCUCUGCUUCCCCGGUACGGUCACCGUGUGACAUCCCCAUAACCAGCUCCAGUCACGGUGACCCUCAGCGAGUGACAGAUGUGUGGUACCGUGGAGAACCAUUUGCCUCUCCUAGUGGAGAUUUGAGUUCUGGGACACUGAGGCAGCCAAGGGGGGGUCUCUGGAGAAGAUGCUGGGUUCAGAGCGCGGUGUUGUCGAAGAAUGGCUCUCAGAAUUCAAGUCCUUACCAGAAACCCACAUCCCCAGCUACGCCGGCAGCCUUCAUCUGAAGAAGUCCCUGGUGCCGGCACUCUACAGAGUCAUCCAGGACCCCAACAACGAGCUGCUGGAGCCUGUGUGCCACCAGCUGUUCGAGCUGUACCGGAGCUCCGAGGACCGCUUGCGACGCUUCACGCUGCAGUUCCUGCCUGAGCUGGUGUGGGUCUAUCUGCGCAUCACUGCCAGCAGAGAUCGCCAGAGCAAUGGCUGCAUCGAGGCCCUCCUCCUCGGCAUCUAUAACCUGGAGAUUGUGGACAAAGAUGGAAACAGCAAGCUCCUCUCUUUCACAAUCCCAUCUCUAUCCAAACCAUCGAUAUAUCACGAGCCUUCUAGUCUGGGGUCGAUGGCACUGACCGAGGGAGCUCUCUGUCAGCAUGACCUGAUCAGAGUGGUAUACAGCGGCCUCCACCCUCAAAGAGAGACCUUCACUGCCCAGAACAGGUUUGAGGUGCUGUGUUUCCUCAUGUUGUGCUACAACUCUGCUGUGGUCUACAUGCCCCUUUCUUCCUAUCAGUCAGUCUGUCGGAUGAGCUCACGGUUGUGUGUAUGUGGAUUCCCUCGUCAGCAACAGAAGCUUUGGAGGGAGCCUUGCAACCGUGUGCUGCUGGACCCUGAGUUCAUGGUGCAGAUGCUGACUGCCGUGUAUCACGCUAUAUACAAUGGGGAGUGGGAGAUGGGGCGAGAAGCUCUGGAGGACAUUGUGUACAGAGCCCAGCUGGAGCUUUACUCCCAGCCUCUUCUGCUCGGGAACGCCAUGAAAAACUCGCUACCAGAAAGCGCUCCCGAUGAACCGAGGGGGCGCAAGGUGCUGCAGGUGGAGGUGACGCCCACCAUUAGCCGUAUAUCCAUCUCAGCCAUCACCACCGCUUCCAUACGACGCCACCGCUGGAAGAGAGAGGAUUGUUUUGACUACUCAACCGAUGCAGAGUUGAGCCUCUCCGUCACUCCUCCUAGCCUCGCCCAGCACCUCCACCACCACCACCACCACCACACUCCCUGGGACCCCGAAGCUAAAGAGGAAAGAGGAGUGCGGCCUCACAGCUACCACAGCAGCAGCAGCAUCAUUCCCCCCAUCACACUUGAGGGUAGGGGACAGGGGCGGACACUCAGAGCAGAGGGGGUCUCAGAAGAAGACGCUGACGGCAUGAGCGGCGGGGAGGAUUCCUUCAACAUCAACGACCCAGACGAAGGUUUCUCCUCCGGGGCGUCCAACAGCAGCCAGCCCAGCGGCACCAAGGCUGGCGGCGGCGUGGGGCCGAGGGGUGGCAGCCUGAACAGCAGCAGUAGCAGCAUCAAGAAAGCCAUCACGGCCCGGCUGUCUCGGGACAAGGAGAGAGAGCGGGAGAAGGAGCGGGAGAGGGAGGCCGAAAAGCAGGCCGAGUUGUCAGCGGAUCAUCAGACCGCCGUGAAGAGGCAUCACCAGAGGCAGCAGUCCCCUCCGGCCAGCAUCACCUUGGAUGCCAUCCACCUGAGUCCCAUAAAGAAGCACCUGAGCUUCCCUGUGGGGCCCACGCUGGUGCGGACUGGGAGCACCUCCUCCAGCAAGUCCUUUGACUGCAUGAAUUUCAACCUGAACGGAGGCGAGGACGAGCGAGAGGAGGCGGCGGGAGGCUCCGACAAGGAAGGAGCGCUUCUAGCAGGGGGCUCCCACCGCCACUCCACCAUAAGCCUGCAGGAGGAGCACCUGAUCAGGCCAGAGGAGGCCCAGGACCUCCUGUCUCCUGGAGCUCCUCUAACCAAGCAGUCGCGCUCCCCCAGCUUCAACAUGCAGAUCAUAUCACAGGUUUAACGUCCAAACGCAGGGAACGGUAGACACACAUACACAAAUAGCUGUUCAUUACACACACAACAUCAUGCAGUUUUUCUGUGACUCUUUACAGCUCUACUAUGACGACUUCUGUCUACCUGUGUGUGUGUGUGUGUGUGUGUGUGUGUGUGUGUGUAUGGUGUGUGAGUGUUUGUGUGUGCGUGUGCGUGUGUAGAAGUGUUUAAAAAGUAGGAACACAUCUUCAGAUCUCAAGAGCUGUGUCUCCACCCUUUCGGCAUCCAUUAAACUUACAGUUGUGACCUGCAGUCGUUGCUGGUGGGUAGAGUUCCUGAGAACACAUGAAAAAGCAGUAAAUGACUACAGUCGAGUUGUAAAAGAGUCCAGCAUGUCACUGCAUCCUCCCGUCUGACCAAGCUGAGCAUUCCACAGAAACUCUCCUCAGAGGGAGGAUAUGACAAAAAUUUGUAAGGAUUCCACGCUAGCUGUAGGUCAUAUGUGACAUUUCAGAUUUUCUUGAGUUUCCUGACUGAAUCAGUCAAAACGAAUCAGCAAUAACACUUACCGUUGCUCAUGUGGAGAAGAGUGGGGAUUGUUGCUCUUUCUCUUCAUUCCUUCCCUUUCAUUCCCGGGCUCACGUGCAAUCGUUCUUGCUGAUUUUCUUCCUGGAUAAUCGCUUUUUUCCUCUUUUUUUAAAAAUUAGGCAUAAAGGUUUUAUGACUAAAAAAAAUCUUUAAAUGUUUAGUUUUAAAUCACAAUCCAAAGACGUUUGUUAUUUUGUUUUUUUUUCAUCACUUGUUCGACAAUGAUUUUGCAGAAGACCCGUGUGAUCUCUAGGUUUCAGGCCAUGACCUUCAUUUUUGAUCUGUAAAAUCAAACUGGAAUGUGGUAAGGGUUUGUCUUGACCCAAGCUUUUAACUGGACAAAUCUAAAGAAAUCAUUACUGUGCAGCUAUUAGAGGAAAAAGAAUUAUGUCUCCUGACUUGAUUUAAAAUCUGAAGCUGAAGCUCGUUGGAGAACUGCAUUGGACAGUGCAGGUUUGUGUCUGACGCUUAAGGCAAUGACUGUAUUUUAUACCGGAUUGUUACCAUGAUUCAAACCAUUUCAUGGAUCCUUCCAUCUGAAAGCACUUGUUGGCAUGUUUGUCGGUUUGUGUUGAGGUUGUGGCUUGUGUGUAGCGUCACGUCCGAGCCGGUGAAUGGCUGCCCUCUGGAGGCUUUUACUAUUCGCUGCGCAUCAGCAGUCUCCAUGACUGUCGCGCUCCGAUUGGAUGCUCAUAAAACAUUUUGUUCUACCUCAUUGUGUGUUCAUCUGCCACUCAGACACGUCUCCCAGUCAGAUGCAGAAAUUAAAGACCCCAUUAGGUUUGAAACUAGAGUGAGAGGACCGCCGUGGUCUCACAAUGCAUCUGUAAUGAUACUGUAAAAUUGUGACCGACCGUCUCGGCCUUGCAUUUCACUUCAGUCACAUCAUGCACAAAGUCUCGCUGCAAAACAAGAACACGUCACAAAUUGACUUCAGGUUUUUGCGUUUUCUGUCAUAUAUCAAACGACCACAUUGGGAUUAACCUGCUUAUUUUUUAAAAAAAUCCUAAAAUGUCCUGCCUAUCUUUUUUUUUUUUUUAUGUGAUGAUUUUUGAAGUGCAAUUUUUUUUUUUUUAAUCCUCAUGUGCAUGGAAUUGGAUCUUCUCUGCUGUGAAAUGCCUGCAUCUGUGCACAGUGCUAGCUAGCCUUCCGUCGUACUCCCUGCCCAGGCUGCGUGAUUUGAACAUGGCGUGCUUGUCUGCAUGUUUAGUGCCCCGCAAAGCACUGCUGUUUCAGAUGCAUGAAACAGCCAGCGAGCCAAACCCAAGUCCUUGUCCUUGUCUUUACCAGAUGUGCCAAUACGCAUCCUCUCCUUAAGGAAGUUAUUAUUGUUUUAUUUGGUUGGGUGUCUUAAUUUAAAAUGCCUACUUUUUUUUCUAUUUACUGGUCUUAAAAAGUUAAGAGACAACAAAGGGAGUUUUAGACAUGUGGCUCAACGUGCCCUUAGAUGCAGCUUCACCUUUUUUGCCAUGAAUUUCUUUUCACUCAUCACAGGUGCGUGCGACGCACCAUGCUGUCACAAUCACGACACCGCUUCGCUGUUCACUCAACAUAGAAACAGUAUAUUAUGCGUCCGUGUACUGUAGAUGUCAGCUGUCGCAUUGCAUUUCCCUUGUCUUGCUCACGUGCUUGUUUAAAAAUGAGGAUGAAUGAUUUAUGUAUAUAAAAGUCAGUUCAGUGUGCAGUGAAAAUCCCACACACUCAUGCUUCCUGCUGUGCUUGAAACCCUCACAGCUGCUGCUCCUUGGUCCUGAGUGAUUGCUGUGUGUGUGUGCUUUAGCCUUAAACAUUUCAGGCCAAAAAGCCUCGUUUGUCGGCUCUUCGGCCUCACAUGCUCGUCCUCCUCUGCUGGACCGGACUGUGUGAGAAGAAGAAGACGAAGAGCAGAGGAGUGCAGCUGCAGUUCACACCUGGUCUGUCUGCUGUCGUGUCUCCCAGUUGCUGUAUUUUGCUGUGAGUCGAGUGGCACCUUUUUGCUGUUUUAAAACCGGUGACGUGUUCAAAAAUACGUGUGCCCCUGACCGAGGUUACCAGCAGCCAUGUUGGUACUGUAUGUCGACUUAGAGUAACAGAUAUCCCUCAGUGUGUGGUGUUAUUUGCAUGUGAUCAGGGCGGGAAAUAAUCGACAUCAGCCAGGCAGUGUCGAUAAAGUUUGAUCGUGGUUCAAAAUUUCAUCCGCCAUCCAUUUUGGCAGAGUAAUAAGCUUUUUAAAUCCUCAAAAUCUGCUUGCAUUUCAAAAGAACGCCUUCAUUUUUGGGGUGAAGACUAGAUUCAGUCACUGUGGCUGGAGAAGAAAGCUCAUUUCCCGUCCUGCAUGUGAUAACUGUGGGCUUUGUUUUCAUACAGUAUAAUGCACUUUAAUCCAUCCACCUCUCUCAAGAUAGUUAUCGAAAUGACAUAUAUAGAUGUGCAAAUGUGUAUACACUCAAUGCAGGGUUAUAGUCUCUUUAAAGUAGUACUUAUAUGGGAUGUCACAUCCAACACAAUGCUAUUUUUGUUAAAGUCUAAGGGUACAGCUAUUUAUUAUUUUUUCUUUUCAAAACCAAAAAAUAAAAACAACACAAAAAAAAAUUUACGGGGUUGUGGAAGGUCUCAGGAGUUUAUCAAAAAGCCACAUUUUUAAAAAAUGGCAGCACCAAAAUUUCUGUUCUUAACGUCAGAAUUGAUUCUAUGCAACAUUUUUUCCCCUUUUUCUUUUCUUUUCUCUUUUUUUGUUCGUUAAUUUUUGCCGUACGGGCUUUGAUUGAUCCUUGUCGGGUGGGAGGGGGCACAUGCAUUUAAGCUGAUUUUAAAGGCUCAAGCCCCCAACGGUGUCCCCCAUUCAGCAAUUCUGUUUCUACACCCUGCUGCGGUGCUACAGAGCAAACAACCUCUCUCAUGUAGGUGAAAUAAGACGACCAUCCAUUUGUCAUCCGACUGCCCUCACAGAGAGAAAAGGCCACACCUGGUCUUUUGGUGCAUGUCGAGCCCGUCUGUCAGUUUGCUGCUCUGUGGCUCAAUGACGUCAGAUGGUGUUUGGAAUAUAAACAGAUUAGCAAUGAUGAAUCAAAUCUAAAGGCUUUGAGGGAAGCUGCUGGACGAUGUGAUAACACUGUACUUAUGAUGCUGUAUAAAUGGAGAGAAAGACUUAUUUUAAAUCUUGUAAAUAAAAAAAUGUACAAAGGUGAAAGCAAGAUAAAUAUAAAAAAAAUCUGAUAAGUCUGAACUGUAGAGAGAAAUUAAUCUGUAUAUUGUUGAAUAAAUAUUGUGCCGUAAAGGA